AUGGGCUCUUUCAUCCAAUUCGUAGGCAUUACUGGUUUACUACUUGUAUGUUUUGUUAUUUUUACUGAACAAGCAUCAAUAUCAUCACCAUUUUUGGAUGAACAAUUAAAUUUGGACAAACGUCGUAGUGAUCCAAUUGCACGUACAUCUAUUCCUCUUUUUCGAGGAUCAAAUUUAGGUAUUUUUGUACGUAAACGUCCUUAUGGUUUCUCCUCUGAACACUCAAUGUAUCGUCGAAAAGAAGCUCGAUCAGUACUUAAUAAUGAUGACAGUAUUUUGGCUGAACUAUUAUAUAACAAUGAACAUCCUCAACGACGUUUUGACGACUAUUCUGAAAAUCCAGGACCUAUGUUUGGCCGAUAA